GUUGCUUUGCUUCCCACAAUGCAAAACGUGUUGGCCACUUGCGCGUUAUCAUUUCAAAUACACAUAGAAUUAUUGGAAUCCUCGACAAACGUCAUGAUUUCAACAAUUUUCAGGUGCUGGUGAGGUUCCUCUGAUAAGACAGCUGACACGCAAUACAAAGGAGUUGGAGAAAUGACGUCAUAGCGCACCGGCCUUCGGGGGCGGCCGUGAGAGAGCUGGGGUCCGUUUUUUUCGUCUCUUUCUUUUUGGUUGGUUAAUUUUUGUUCUCACGAUGGACAGUCAGACCGAAGAGCCAGAAAAUGUUGAUGGGAAGGAAGUGGACGGGAAGGAAGUGGCUGACACACCAGCCCCGACGGCAACGACAGAGGCUGCGCAGGACACAGUCAAAGACCCCAAGCAUCUGAGUGCCAAAGGCAUGGAAAUGAGUGUCGAAGACCCCAACCAUCCGAGUGCCGAGGGCAUGGAAAUGAGUGUCGAAGACCCCAAGCCUCUGAGUGCCGAGGGCAUGGAAAUGAGUGUUGAAGACCCCAACCGUCCGAGUGCUGAGGGCGUGGAAAUGAGUGUCGAAGACCCCAACCGUCCGAGUGCUGAGGGCGUGGAAAUGAGCAUUGAAGACCCCAAGCGUCUGAGUGCUGAGGGCAUGGAAAUGAGCGUCAAAGACCCCAAGCGUCUGAGUGCCGAGGGCAUGGAAAUGAGUGCCGAAGACCCCAACCGUCCGAGUGCUGAGGGCAUGGAAAUGAGCACUGGAGACCCCAAACGUCGAAGUGCCGAGAGCUUGGAAAUGAGCGUAUUGUAUGACGCUCCUGGCAACGAAGAGGCCUCCAAAUGCAAAAUCAAGUCGUGCGUCCCAGCGCGAGGUUUCUGCUUUGCCCUGGGAUUUGUUUUAAUACUCCUUUGUAUCUUGAUUGGCUGGUACUGGAACGAUUCCAAGUUAAAUCAGCUGAAAGAACAACUGAGGUCCAUGGAAGAAAAUACGAUGCGAUUGGAAAAACUUGUAGAAACCAUGCGACGCAUCCCACAGACAAAUGGAUUAUCUCCUGCAAAAGCACCAGCAAGCUAAGCAAACAUUUUAACGUCGUCGACGAUGCUGAAGCUGAUGGACGAGUCCUAAAUACAAAUAUGCAAAUUGAUAAAACUGCAACUCACCUAUCGAGUCACCAUGCUCGCGGAUGUGCUGACUGCUGUGAAAAUUACCACACAAGACUAUCAGGAGCUUCUUUCACACACACUGGAGGAGCAACUGGACACACUGUACGCCAAUUUUUGUGGCACAUCUGAACGAGGGCAACCCAUCACAUGCUGCAAGGAAGGCUGGGAGAGAAUGUUUCACAUUGCUUCUUGUUCUCUGCAAAGGAUAAACCAUGGGAGCAGGCAAGAAAUUACCAUCUGGCAAAAUACUGGGAUCUAGUUUGAAUUGGUGACAUUGAAGAGCUGGAGUAUUGAACCCGUGUUUUGUUAAA